AUGGGGGCGUUCCUGCGUGCUCCUACUGCACCACUUACGCCGUCCCAUGCAAGUGGACUCCGGGAGACACCCUCGCAGUUGGCCCCGGUUGAUGUCGAAGUUUGCACUUUCGCAGACGGAGUGCCUGUCCCCGUUUCCGAUUCUGCGGUAAGCAGCAACCUUCUAACCCAUCGGUCGCCGGCCGUCUCGGGAAAUCGGACGUCUCCUGAGCCAAGUGCAGUACCCAAGGAUGAUGAAUGCCUAAGGAUGGAGAUCCAGGCCGGGGAAAGAUAUCCCCUGCCUCCGUUGGAGGAGGUUGAGCAAUUAUUCGACUUCUUCUUCGUCAACUUUAAUAAUUUCUUCCCAAUUUUUGACUAUACAAGGGCCAUGGGGAUGUUGCAUGACUGGUACCUCAGCUGCCCAAAUCUUCGGGACGAGUCUACUUGGGCUGUGAUCAACAUCAUUAUCGCGCUUGGUCUACAGUUCAAACCUCCGACACAUCCGGCCUUUACUACUCUCGAAGACUCUACCGUUUAUGUGGCCAACGCCCAAUCGAUUCUUGACAAACUAGUCAUGCGAGUCAGCGAUUGCAUUGGGAUUCAAGUCCUCCUGGGAUUGGUUGUAUACUUCCAAAAAUCUCUGGAUAGAGGCCCAGCGCAGGUGCUCAUUGCCUCCACGAUUAAGCUGGCCUUCCGCCUGAGACUUCACAUGGCACAAUUUGGCCUUGAUCUCCCCCCAAAGGAUGUAAUGGAAAGAAAAAGGCUCUUCUGGGCGGCUUAUGUCUUGGACAGGGACGUCAGCAUGAGAGUCCGCGAUCCGUACAUUCUCCAAGAUCAUGAUUUCGAUGUCAGCCCUAUAGAACAUGUUAUAAGAGACGAGGUUGCGUUUGACCUGGACCUAUUGAUCGACGCGGCGGAAUUCAAUUACUUUCGAUGCCGAGCUGACCUUGCAUUUAUUCAAGGAAAAACACAUGACUGGAUCAAUUCCGUCAACGCAGAACGGCUUGUCGACUACCAGAAAUGGGAGAAACGCGAAUUAUUGUGGACGAUGCUCAAUGAGUGGAUGAUGGCGAUCCCGCAGCCAUACCAGCCGAGUAAUUUGGAGACUCUCGAUAGUCCUGCGGAACAAGCAUUCAUCUCGCUUUACAUUACAAGAUUUCGUACCAUAUGCGGGAUAGAAAAGGUCUUCUCGCAUCAUACAGAAUGGAUUAGCGGGCUUAUUGAGUAUAGCGUCAAGUGGUCCGCCGAUGGCCAAACUGCAAGCAAGUCAGCUCAAAGUCCUCUGCCAAAUCACUGGAAAGACCUCGUGGAGUCUGCCCGAACGAUCAUGCUGCUAUUUCGAAGAGUGCCGAAAUUCUACAAUGGACUUUUAGGAAAUCUCUGUUGCGCGUAUUGCUCUGCCCUCCUCAUCAUGGUCGCGAACAAGCUUGUACUCCCAGAGGUCCACGUAGCGGGCCAGCCACAGCUGGAUGAAGCCCUAAUUGUGGAAGGUAUUGAGUACAUGGAAGCCAAGUAUGAGGUGGUGGCUGCCCCGUCACUGAAGGCAGUGUCCAGAGCCUGCCGUGAGUUGAAUAGACGAGCUGAUGCUGCUGUUGGCGCUACGAAGAGCAAGACACAAGAUAGCCAAAUGAUGCCCUUUGGCUCUGCUCUUGCUCCCAAAACAUUUCAAACACUUGUGUUUGAACCGUGUGGACCUCUCCCCGAAGCUGAGCUUCAGUCGGCCUUUACCUUCAAGAUGUGGGAUCCUUGA